ACCGCGCGCAGAGGUCCCCAGGCUGGCUGGCUGGCUCUCAUUCCCACUCCCCGCCUUCCUCUUCCUCUUCCUCUUCCUCUUCCUCCACCAGGCAGCUAAUUAAUUAAUUAAUUAAGCUACUAAUUAGUUGUUGUGUUGAUCAUGUUGGGAAUGCAGAUGAUCACGUACAAUCAACAACGGGAAUGGGAAUGGAAUGGAUUGGAUCGGAUUGGAUGGUGAGAGAGAGAGAGAGAGAGAGAGAGAGAGAGAAUAAAAUGGAAUAGAAUAGAAUAGAAUUCAAUGGAUGAGGGGAAGGACCAUGAGGCCACCCAUUGUCCAUGUGAUGGACAUGUGUGUGUGAGAGAGAGAGAGAGAGCAUCACUUGCACUUGCACUCACUCCUCUUCUCUUCUCCUGCUGCUGUGCCUCCGUUGCCAUUGCCAUUGCCAUUGCCGUAUACAGUCAAAUCAAUCAAUCAAACAAACAAACAAACUGCCUGUGGUCAUCCUAUAUUAUAUUCUUUGACUCUAACAUGCCCACACUUGUGUAGUUGGGUGGAUCUGAACUGUACUCGCACACACACAUGUAUCUUGAUUCUCUACUUGUGGGUGGGGGUGAUUCUUAUCCCUCUCAUUUCAAUUCAGAUAUGCCGACCCAGUGCCCGUACCUCUCUCUCUCUCUCUCUCUCGAAUGCGCGCGCGUACACACACACACACACUAUAUAUAUAUAUAUAUGUAACUGAGGUUGUGUGGGGGCGCGCACGUGAUUAAGUGGGCACAAGGUAAGAAUAAAUGUUGGUUUGGUGCAUAGGUUCACGAGGUCGACAACAGAUACUACUGCUGCUGGGCUGAGAUUCUGCAACAGAUCAAUCAGCUGACCAGAUUAGAUCGUCCCUAGUCCCUACAUGCAUACAUACAUAGAUGCGGCAUAUGUAAUUAAUGUAUGCAUGCAUGUAUCAGUAGCAGUAGCAGUAGUAAUAGUUGUCAGUUGAAUGACUCUGAUGUGUGUCAUGAGUCAAUCCCGCCCUCACCCUGCCCGCCUUUUAACUUUCAUCUCUCUCUCUCUCUCUCUCUCUCUCUCAUCCUUCCAUGAUCCACUGCUAUAAAACCUCCUCACUCUCCCCAACCCAGUACUAACUACUUCAUCAUCAUCGUCGUCGCCUUCAAUCCGAAAACCCAACUCCCAGCAGUUACCAAUCGAUUGAUCGAUCAAUACCCUCGUCACUUCUCCCUCUAGAUCUCCUAAUUCCGCCUACUAUCUCCACCAUCCAUCCAUCAUACUCUAGCCAGAUAGCCAGCCAAUUACAGCUUACUACUACUACUACUACUAUUACCAUUUCAACAGACGACGGCAUUGAGCAAUAAUAUCUCCAUCCACCGAAUCUCAUCAAUCAAUUAAUUAAUUAAUCAAGUGGGGUGGGUCGACCAUGUCGGGCGUCUGGGUAUUCAAGAACAAUGGAGUGAUGCAGCUAAUGGAGAACGAGCCGCCGUCGGGGCAGGGGCAGAUGGUGUCGCCGUCGUCGUCGUCGCGGUCGCGGAAGGUGCUGGUGCACCUGCCGACGGAGCAGGUGGUGUCGUCGUACUCGUUCCUGGAGCAGGUGCUGCGGGGGCUGGGGUGGGAGCGCUACUACGGCGGCGACCCGGAGCUGUUCCAGUUCCACAAGCACUCCACCAUCGACCUCAUCUCCCUCCCCAGGGACUUCUCCAGGUUCAGCUCCAUCUACAUGUACGACAUCGUCGUCAAGAACCCCAACAUCUUCCAUGUCCGCGACACCUCCGCCUUCCUCUAGCUGCCAUCCAUCCAUCGUAUCUGCUCUUUAUUAAUUUGUAAAUUAAUCAUUUUAUCUCCCCGCCCUGCGAUGCGUGCAUUAAUUAUAUGUAUCAUUAGUUUCCUCUUCGUCGUCUGCUGCGCUAGCUGCUUGUAGCCUCUAUGUAUGUAUGUAUGUACGUACCCUCCACUCUAUAUAUACAUGCUGAGAGAGAGAGAGAGAGAGAGAGAGAGAGUUUGUACAUCAGUGUGUGCGCGUGCGUGCGUGCAUGCAUGUUUGUAAUUGAUGUGU